AUUGAUGGUUUAAGUUUAAGCGCACUAGUUACUCAAAUUUCAUAGUCGCUUCAAAAAGUCAAGAAAGAUCACCACCAACAACAAACCAGCUCUCAGUCACCAGCAAUCUCAAUGAAAAUUCUCAAAUUUCGGCAGCCCAUUUGGGCAACACGACUUCCCGUGGUCUUGACAGCAACGAUCAUCCAUCUUCUCCGAGUUACGAGCUCAGUCACGCCGCCGCCGCUGCCAAUUCUCCCAAUUCCGAGCGCGCAGCAGAUUUCAUGGCAGCUCGCGGAGAUGGCCCUCUUCCUGCAUUUCGGCACCAACACUUUCACGGACUCGGAGUGGGGGACGGGGCACGCGGACCCCUCUGUUUUCAACCCCACCGAGUUCAACGCGACUCAGUGGGUCACCGUGGCGAAGCAGUCUGGUUUCUCUCGCGUCAUUCUGACCGCAAAGCACCACGAUGGAUUCUGCCUGUGGCCCUCUGACUACACCGAUUACUCUGUAAAAUCUACUACUUGGAGGAAUGGGAGUGGAGAUGUGCUGAGAGAUUUGGCUGAAGCUGCCAGAAUUGGUGGGGUGGAAUUGGGGGUUUAUCUCUCCCCUUGGGAUAGGCAUGAAUCUUGCUAUGGCAAGACUUUGGAGUAUAAUGAGUUUUACUUGGCCCAGAUGACUGAGUUGCUCACUAGAUAUGGUGAGAUUAGAGAAGUUUGGUUAGAUGGUGCAAAGGGUGAAGGGGAGAAAUACAUGGAGUACUUCUUUGAUGAUUGGUUUAGUUUCAUUCAUCAACAUCAGCCCGGGGCUGUCAUAUUCUCGGAUGCUGGUCCCGACACAAGGUGGAUCGGGGAUGAGGCUGGCGUCGCUGGGAGUACUUGUUGGUCUCUCUUCAACCGCACCAAUGACAUGAUUGGCAACACUGACAGUAAAUAUUCUGGGCAGGGAGACCCUUUUGGGCAUGACUGGGUACCUGCAGAGUGCGACGUCUCAAUCCGGCCCGGAUGGUUUUGGCAUGCCUCUGAAUCUCCUAAAUCGGCCUUAACCCUCCUCGAUCUAUACUACAAGUCCGUAGGGAGGAACUGCCUCCUCUUACUAAAUGUGCCACCAAAUUCUUCGGGUCUCAUAUCCCAGGAAGACAUUCAAGUUCUUCAAGAGUUCUCAGAGAUCCGGAGCUUCAUCUUCUCACACAGUCUAGCAGAAGACGCGUCUGUCUCUGCCAGCAGCACGCGCGGUGACCUUAUCGAUCCGCGUUAUAGCCCCCACAACGUUCUCCAGCAAGGCACACACUCCUACUGGGCUCCCGGGAGUGUGCAGUCAGGCUGGAUACUGUACUUGGAUCUGCAGGAGACCAUUGCGUUCAAUGUGUUAAUGGUGCAAGAGCCGAUUCAGAUGGGGCAGAGGAUCAUCAGGUUCCAUAUCGAUUUCUUGAAUGAGGACGGGGAGUGGAAGGUGGCAGCAAAGGGCACCACAGUCGGAUACAAGAGGCUGCUGCUGUUUCACAGUGUGAGAGCCACCCACCUACGCCUCGUCGUGGAGGAGUCCCGGGCUGACCCUCUGAUAGCUUAUGUAGGUAUAUAUAUGGAUCCAUUCUCCGUUGUCAAUCAUAUUUCUGAGCUAAGCUCUGCAUCACCCAUCAAUGGCAGUCACCCUCUUCAACAAGCUACCAACAGAAUUGCAUCUUCGUAAUUCAUGUUCUUGUUCUUGUUUAAGUUCUGUAUUUGUGAAUCAAUAUAUGCAGUAAAAAGCUCAUUUUGUUGUA